UGUGAGAGGACAAUGCAGUAUACUGUUUUUGAUUUUAAACAAAUGCUUAUCGUCUUUAUGGCAAUUAUCUAUGCCUCGAAGAUACUGAAAUAAACAAAAUAUUGAGAUUACCAACGACAUUAUCAAGGAUAACGAUAGAAACAAAAAGACUGUAAGAAUUGCUGUCAAUGGAUAUUAACUAAAUUAAUUAUGACAGAAAAAUAUAAUUUAUAUGAAAUAUGCCAUAACAUUUGGUCUAUCAAUUUCAUAUUUGGCAUGAUGAGUGGAAUAUUUUACAUAAAUGUGUUUAUAUUGAUCUUUUUAUAGAUCUUAGAUUUUGUUAGAUGCACUGAAGGAUUGAUUAUCUUAUCAAAUCAUAUUUUUAUACAAAUCGUCAAACGUGCAAUACUUACUUCGGACAUUAGUGUUUGAACAAGGGGUUCACCGGAGACAGUGGUUUAUACUGGGAUAAAAAGAGUUAAGACCUUCAAAUAAUGUAAAAAUCUUGGAUUAUGUCCUUGUUGAGUAAUUCUAUUAAACGGUUUUUGAUAAAUUGAAAUGGACAAAAACGGAUAAUUAUCUCGGCUGGUAUCAAGGAGAUAAAUGCUAUUUCACUAGAAAGAAACUGCUUGUUAUAGACAGGAUAAUUAUGGAAAAUAUCUUUCAAGAUAGACCAUUAAAUGGUGUUUAAGAACCGUUCAAGGAGAAUUCUAUAUGAAUUUGUUUGUCAUUCUUAAAGAUGUUAGUGACUCAGUUCAUUAAUUUAUUUGAAUACAUUUCGUACAUUUACUGAUUUUUCUCGUACAUUGAAAAAGGAAAUACUACUGUUUUAAACGGAAAAUGAAGAUUCGUAUGAUAAAUUUAGUGAACAACAAAUAUAUCCACCGCAGUAUUGAAUUCUGGAUGGAAUAUAAAAACGAAAGGUGUUGUUUAUUUGUCAUUUUAGGUGCAUUUUAUUCGUAACAACGACAACCUAAUACUACAACAGAAUAUACUAAAAUCUCAAUCGGUCAAGUAAAUUGAAAUUGAAAUCUAUCACAUUAAUAAUAGAUAUCCAUUGGUGUAUUGGCAACGAACAACAACAUUAAACAAUUGAUCUUUAUCUGAUACAUUAAGCAUACUAAGCAUUAUGUAAGAGUGGAAAUAUAACGUACUGGAUACUGGGGAUCUUCAUUUGCGUAUACCUUUCAGGAUGUGAAUAAGGGUUUGCACUAAUUCAGAAAAAGAAGUUCCGAUAUGUUACAAGUUAUAUACAUGUAUACUUCGUAGACUGAUCUGGUACUUUACAAAGUAAACUUGAUUCAAUAUUAGUAGCGAGGAUACGAAUUUAUACCAUUAUAUUGUGCCAUUCUAUAUGUACUAAUGACCUAUAAACGUUUGAUUGUAUUCACGGCGAGUGUAUAAGUACAUUUUGUAUUCACGGCGAGUGUAUAAGUACAUUUUGUAUUCACGGCGGGUAUACAAGCACAAUAUGACCAGCAAAUAUUAUUCCCCGAUAAUUCUGGAGAGAUUUACUUCUCGGAAAAAUGGCCAACAUCAUAAAAAAGUUCGUCACAAAAGAUCUGCGAAGAAGCACAGACAAACUGUUAUUUCAAUUGAUGGGCCGGCAAAACACCAAGGUGGAAACUUUAUUCCUGGAGAUAUCGCCGUCUUUGAGGACAAAGCUGCAAACGCCGUGCUUCUUGAGGCAGAAUCACAGUUCAAAUCUGGAUACCCAACCAUUGCAACUUCAUCCAUGGUGGCUCGUAGAAACAGACACACAUUUGAAGAAUUCGAUAACGCAACAGACAUACGAUUCUUUUCUGACUUAGUGAAACCAAUGCAAUAUCGAUGGAAAUUUCAAAAGGAGAAAUUAAAAACAAUAACGCCAUCCAAACAUGGUUUCCACAAGCGGAGCAAAUCACCAACGUUUCAAAGACUGGUUGAAGCAAAUGAAAAACUACAAAACAUUGCUGUUGAAGAUACAGGUGUGGAUGAAAAUGCCACUGCCUGUGACUUUUUUGAUACGCAAAGUGAAAUAUUGCCGGUAAAACCAUCUUCUAUUCUAAGGUAUGUAAAGUCAGAACAAGUGAGCACUCGAACUAGUUAUACAAAUUCAAUACCCGCAACAAAUGAUACGCCUUUAAAAAAAGAUUAUGAACUUAAACCCGAGAUAAGAACAAUAGAGCCAGCAAAAAAGAUAAAGGAGUAUUAUAUAGUUCAGAACAAUGUUUCAGCGGCACAAGAACAAAGAUCCCCGAGCCCGGUAAAUGAAUCUCCAGCAACCCCACCACCUCCCACAAAACCAAACAGAACACUUCAGCAAGAUUUCAAAGUGGAUUUUAAAAAACUAGACUCGCAUUCGGAACUCCAUUUAUUUCUUCCUCAUAUUCAAGAAUGCAAUUCAAGGAGAGCAACUCCAGAGGAACCGAAUGGGAAAGGAAAGUUAGGAUUUACCUUACCUGCAAUCGAAGACUUGGAAGUAAAAACAUUAGAAGAGGAUCAGUCAAAAUCAAAGAAAAAACAUAAACACGAUCAAAAAAAGAAGAAGAAGCAUUCACAUAGAGUAAAAUCAGGAAACGAAGAAAAGGAAGUAAAGGAUAUAUUGAACGAUAUCCCGACUUUGAUAUCACUAGAAACUGAUAGGGAUUUCCAUCCAGAGUCUAUGUGUAUGUUUGAAAACUGUAAACUACACAGACACAGAAAAUCUAACAGAAUACGACAGGCAUAAAUUCUACAUUUUCUCUUUCUGUAAGAUGUUUUCAACAAAUGAAAAGCAUUCCAGAUAACAUACUUCAUAAAGUUGUAAUUAAAAUCUCUUUUAAGAAGCAGUUUGACUAGAUUAACGUUUAAUCUUAACUGGGCACAUGUGACACAUUGUAAAAUCUGUUAAUAUUCACGACUUUCAUCCCUGGUGAAUGCAAAGUUUUGCGAAAAAAAAGACAAGUUUGUAUCAGUAAUGAAAUAGGACACUUUUUGAAUACUAUCGUAUUAAAAGGGGAUAUUUACAAAAUUUUAUGAAAAUAAUAAAGCAUGUUAUUGUAAUAGGGAUCUAGCUCUAUGUAGUGUUCUUUUUUAUACAUUAUAUAAAUCUCUAGCAGACUACAAUAAAAAUGAAAAAAAUCGUAAAAUGUUGUUUAAAUGUGAUUGGCCACCUUUAUUAGUAUACCCCAAUGGAUUUCUGGUUCUAAAUUCCGCAACGUGUCGAAUCCAACAUUUUGCGAAUGAAUAAAAUGAGAAAUCUGAGAAAUUUCGCAAAAUGGAGUUAAGCGAUCUACAGUAACAGGUGCAGUCUUCGUUCUAAUGAAUACAUUGGGACAAAGUCAACUGACAAACACGGCUGUAUAUUAUUCUGUGACAAUAAAUAGUGAAAUAGUUCUCAAUCAUUUUCUUCUUCUUAAAACAGGCUCAGGUUAUAUACAAUAAUUAUAAUUAGUAUCAUGAUUUUCAAGGAUAUUUAUCAAUAGAAUGAUAAAGUAAAAAGAAAGGCUCUGUAAGAUUUACACAAAACACUUAAAAAUAACUUUUUAUAAGCAACUGCUUUAUUUUCCACGAAACUUCCUAAAUGGACAUAGUUCUGUUUUUGCGAUGGUCUUUAUUAAGAGUAAUGACUGGAAAAAAAAGAAAGUUGUUAUUAUUAUCAUUUUUGUAUCCUGAAAUUGACAACCAUUCAUGCAAUGGUAAAUGUUUAAGAUACUGAAACUGAUACUUGUGUUGUUGUAUGUUUAUGUCCGUUCGAAUGAUUAAAAAAUGUUUAUCUGUAACAGAACAGAACAAAUAUUUUAUAUUUUUAGACUUGAGCUUACGCUCCUCACCCUUAAACAAAUAUAUAUAUAUAUAUUCUGCAUCAAGGUAACACGUAUAGAUGCCGGCAUACAUCAAACUACAUGACAGAAAAGCUUAUGUAUGGUAAAUGGACUUAAAGAUUCGCAAUUGUAAUUCGUUCAAACACUAGUCUGAAUUUGAUAAUUAUGUAACCGUUCUGGCUAUUAUUUACAAUCACAGUUUUAAAAAAGCAAGCUAAAUUGUUCAAUAUCUGCACAUUUUUUAUUAAAAAAUAACAAGUAUAAAUAAACUAGGACGUUCGUGGUAAUAACUAUCAAUACAUGUAUAUCGUUUUCUUUUUACAUUUGAGAAGUGGAACUCAUCCUCAAUAUCAUUUGUUCCACAAAUUUCACGAAGUAUUUCACUACGUCCACAUGUGUCUGUCUGACUGUCUUUCUGUCCAUCCAUCGCACCCCUCUUUCGAGUGUUAUCUCCCGGUUUCAAUUCGCAGUUUAUGAUCAGAUUAAAUGUCAGUAACUUUUAGCUGUCACCGAGCUAAGGUAGUCCUCAAAGUCUUGCUUCGCAUUCUUGUAAACAAAUAAUACACAAUUAUUAUUAAACUAGUGUUCCAGUCUUGUACAAAAGUAUAAAAUAUGGAAUGAAAGUGUUCAUAUCUACGUUUAGCAGAUAUUCCGAAACGUUGCCAAACCUGAGCUUUUAUAUUUUGAGCCCAGUUUUGUUUUUCAUCAUUUAGCAUUACUACAUACAUUUUCUUUAUAACACAUUGUUUAAUGAUUCUAAGAAAGCGAUUAAUACAGUUGAAUAUCGUUACCUCGAUAUCGGUUAGCUCGAUACUCCGGUUAGCACGAUGUGUUCGAGUCGGUCCCGAUUUUUCCCUAUUUAUCUUAAUGUAACUAGAUUCUAUUUAUCAUUACCUCGAUAUGCUUAGCUCGAUAUUUUGUUUAGCUCGAUGAGAUAUUUCAGUCCCGUCUACUUAUCUGUACUGUUUCGUCGAUGUUAUUGGUAAGGUGUGAAAAUCAACCUAUUGUUGUCCGGCGAAGUAUCAAUCAUAUUCAAGUUAGUUUGUGUAUUUGUUUUUAUUUUUUUUUUUUGUUAUUUAAUCUUUAAUCAAAUUUAAAUGUCAGGACGUUUGCAUUUAAUUCCCAAUAAUUACCCUUAUAAAACACCAUGCAAGCAGGAAAGCUGUUUUCCGAUGAAACAACUAAUUUGGAUGAAAUAUUUUCUGUUUGUCCGGGUAACUUGACAAUCUGCCAUUUAGGAUUGAGUAACAAUAUGCGGAUUUAACUGGCAAAUUUUCGCUAUCGAAGCACAAUCAAAAUGACUACUCAACUAGGAACAUAACUACUGCAUUCAGACUUGUUUAGGGAAGGAAUAAAAAUGCUAAUGUUUAAAUGUAUAUUUUGAAAAAAUAAAAAAGUUGUAUGUAUGUAUUCAAUUAAGAUGUUUUAUUUGUCAAUAAAAUUAAAAUCGUAUUUACGUUUUAUAUA